AUGGUGUACAUUGCCAAAUUUAGGGAAGGGGGAUCUGUGACUGAUAAGAAGCACAACCGCGCACCAUUAGUGCGAACAGUGGAGAUGAUAGCCACCCUUAAGCUCAGCGAUUCAGCAAAGCCCAAAGAAAUCCACUCACCCCAUGUCGAGCCAGACAGAUUGUUGAUUCCCGUGGAGAUGGGAGAACAGCAUGAAGUGUAUAAUGCUAGAUGCGGCAAUACGCCUAGCAACCCUGCCUACGCGGCCGGGAGCAGCCACUUUCCCCCAUUGUCUACUAUGCAUACAUCUUCAUCAACGAGGGCUGUAAAGGAAGUAGAUGUUUUAGUCUUCAGCUGGCACCCCGACCACGGCGGGAAGCGACAUAUGCGCAGUGAUUCGGCCGGAAAGCUCCAUAAGACCGCCCGAAGGAUGAGGAAAAUGAGGAAGAAGGUCCCUCGACUGCUCAUCACCAACGCUCGUUCCAUUUUCAACAAAUUAGACGAUCUUGAGGCCUUAAUACAGUCCGAGAAAUAUCCCGAUGCCAGCAUCUCAUACCUCGGAAUCCUGAUCCAGGAAAACUUGAAAUGGGAUCAGCAAGUGCACAAGAUGGUCUCCUCCCUCAAGAAGUGUUACCACGCCCUGAAACUCCUGAAACUAGCCGGUGCAUCAAAAACGCAUCUCGUCAAAGCCUACAAUAGCUUCUUUCGUCCACGUGCCGAGUAUGAAAAGAACAGCUUGCCUACAGCAGGCAAGCUGUUCAAAAGCAAGAGUGGAAUGGCGACAAGGAUUGAAAAAAGACCGAUAAAGAAGAACAGUAACCCUCGCCAUGGUGGACAUGACCUAAAAUCAUCACGAGAAAACGACCCGGUGACAGGAGGAGAAGGAGGAGGAGGAGAAGCAAAUGCUCCAGGAAAAAGAACUGAGGAGCCAGUGAGGUUCCCAAAUAACAGCAUCGACGAUUCGGACACAGACUCGGAAGACGAGUUGGAUUACCAAUGGAAACCGACCCCCAGAGGAGUACUGAUGAUAGUAUGGGUAGUACUGAUGAUUGUCCUCGUAUUUGCAUUGUUGCCCUGUUCAUCCUGUUUCCAAUUCCUGUUCAUCAAUCCCAGUUCCAUAGUCACAUAUGGAACAGUUAGACAUUUUCGUGGAGUACAUUUCUCCACUGAACAUUUCUCGCAAGCAGACCGCCGCAAUGCGAUUCGAAAUCACCAUCUAAAAGAAAAAGGGAUAGUGCGUCGAUUGGGACUCUACAGCGCCGCUGUCCAUCAAUUCGCCGAAGUCCCAUUAGUCCAUCAAGUGAACCCAGGAUCCCUUGAUCCUGGCGAUUUCGGUGACUCCCCUAGGGAACACGAAAUGCUUGAAAAAGCAUGUAAAAAAGUCCAAGACUUGGUGAAGGAGCUUCAUGGGAGUGGAGAGGUGGAGCCAUGCUUGGCAAAGCAACCCAGCCGCCGCAAGUACGCCUCUCGAUUAAUUGAAAUGGUACAAGUAUAUGUGAACUCCCUGAAGUCGCUAGGGUCUUCUAUGAUCGCUGCAUCAACUGAACAACUCCCCAAGCGAGCACGCGACAGAACAAAGGAAAAGUGGGCGCUCUUGAAAGACCUGAAAUUCACGAAAUCUCCAUUUGUAUCCACAUCCGAAGAUCCCAUGUGUGCCCUGAAAUUCGCAACAUGCCUGACCGCCUGGGGAAAAGGCUCAAUGAGCGGCCUUUUGAUGCCUUCCUUCCUACCUAACGGGCGGGCACGACAUCCCUAUCUUGGUCUUGUCUACAGGAUCCAACACACCAAUCUGGAACUGAAAGACGGGAACAGUAUCAGAGUCUUGGACCUUUACGCCCAGAACUUAGUCGACGUAAAGUACCGUUACAAAGGGCAACGAGAGAGAAUUUUCAUCGGAGGCAUUCACGCGUCUCACGUACAACAGGCGAUCCUGAUUCGCGUCCCAAACUUCAGACAUCCAUAUCGACCUUUCGUGGAAGAAAAGUACCGCAUGAAAAAAGAGGAGUAUGAGACAUUUAGGAGGGAGUUGGAACAGUAUGGACCUGGUGGCAAAAUGCAGGACGAAACAGCAUUCCAUCUUACGGAAAAGAAGAUAUUGGAGUUUGUGCUGAAAGCUGAAGAAGAAAAACUCAGAGACCAAACCUACAGUUGCCAUCAUCAAAGGCUGAUGGAUUGGUGCGAACCUCACCAAUUCCUCCCACCAAGCGUUCAUCUCGACCUCCCUCAACUUCCGGACGAUGCCCCUACAGCGAAUUCCAUCCUCGCGGCCACAGUCUCUAAGACCUACCACUGGACCUCCAGCGAGGAUGCAGUACACCAGAAAGUAGAACCAUCUCACACAGCAUCAGUGAUCUCAUCCGCGUCCCUGUUUUCGCCUCGACACGAGGUAAAUCUGACACCAGAGGAAUCCUGCUCGAAUGACAUGAAGAAGUUCGAUGUCUAGAACGACAAGCAUUUGAGUCGAAGGAAUGAAUUUUGUCCGGAAUCCCCUGUCUUCAGCAUCCAAGACUUCACUUGCGGCUUCAGGCAGGUAUCGUACGAAAUCUCAGAGGGCACUGAUUAACUUUUAUCUCCUUCCUUUUCGACAGGUUCCAUGUUGAAGAUCCAGGAAACUUCAAUUUUUUUCUCUACCCUACCUACCUCUACUCACGCUCUCAUCAUUCUUGUGUCAACAGUGCUUUUUUCUGGGGCACCUGAACUGAUGAGGGUGAAAAAAAAAAAUCUCUUUUCUGUCUCGCUCUAUUUUCGCUCCACUUCCUUCCUCCUCCUAUUCCUUCGCGCAGUGCUUUUUUUCUGCCGCGGAGGAAUAUCCAGAGCGCACUAUCGCUCAAAGCCACUUUUCAUUUCCUUCCCUCACACCUUCCUUUCACUUUCUCUCUCUUCUCCCACUCGCUCGCUCCUCUCUCCUUCCUUUUUCUGUUGCUCUUUCUAAGCAUAAAAAAAAAUUCAGACCCUCUCACUCUCCCUUUAGCGGCCAAUCCAAUACCUCACUCCUCAAACUCCUCUCGCAUGACUCCAAUGUCUCAAAUAACACCCUGCUUCAGCUCUUCUCACCAGGGCGCCUGAUAAGGCCCUUCCGGCCAGCUGGCACCUGGAGACACCUAUUCUUCCUAUGGGGCAUCUAUCCUUUAAACAACUUCCGACAGGAUGUAAAUCCAGUAAAUUCAGCAUGAAAUAAAUUAAAACGUACCUAAAGAAAGAAAAUCGUAAACUGCUAGGGCGUAAAUUAAACUUCUUCAGAAACAAGUGGACCUAAAACGUAAUCAGCCCCAAAUCUACUAACCAAUUCAAUGAUAGGAUCUUCUUGUUUUUGCUUCUCAUUAAAGGCCGCUCUCUGUCAAAAAAAAAGGAAUAUAGAAUUAACAGCUAAAAGUAAUAACGGGAGAGAUCCAGGCUUGGUGGCGAGCGUGCCUGCACACUCGUCCUCACGCCUGAGUCAUGGGUCACCUUCCCAUGGCGUUCACAACAGCUUCUCCAGGGUAUUGCACUCUGCCAGCCCUGGUGUUGGGAGGAUCUCACCAUGGUGGGCGGGAGUCAUGUGACGGUCCACCACUGACAGCGGGGCCCACCAUACCAUUAGCUCCUUUUAUAAAAAAAAAAAAAAACUAAGUAGACUCUAUCCAAAGGGAGUUUCAGUAAAGAGACGUGCUCGCAGGUUCUGUCUUCUAUUUUCUUAGGUCGAGAGAAGAAUACUACUUCUUCCUACCGAAGGAAAUAGACGUGCAACCCAGCGACACAUGUGGGACGGGGCCAUAAAUUAUGGUAGUAUUGGUAUUAAUGCAUGCGUCCCUACCAUGGAAGAACCCCUAAUCGGUUUUUUAUUUACACCGUAAUGCUGCGCCAAUAUUAACCUCGGUCGCCUUUUCCGUCGUAAUGCCUGGGUUUCGAAACCCAAAAUUUCCUCCC